GCUGAGGUACUUCGCCCACGAUCGACGGACGAUCAGACCGUACCAGGCUCUUGAAGAGUGAAGCUAAGCGGACAGUAGCAACAGGACAAGCCGCGCAAACAAGUCCGCAAAAUGCCAAAAUCGUCGACGUUGUCGCUGGCCAUGCGUUCGAAGUCAGGAGGAAAGGAGAGCAGCAAUGCGCCCAUGAGUCCACAGAGCCCUCGAUCGCCGAGUAUACCAGAAUUUGCAUCGCCAAACCCACCGUUUCACAACAUGCCAGAGUCGCCGGCCUCACCAAAGCCGCGGAAAGACUCCAAGAACAUAUUCUCAAACUUCACCGCAACGAAAUCUUCAUCCCGAUUGAAUACGCAAGACAGUUCGAACCGACAGAAUCUUGCGCGGCAACCGUCGCCAACAUUAUACACCAACGGACGGGGUGGCUCUUCGACACCAGAUCUGAGUCGCCCCGUUCGGACACCCAACUCUGAUGACAACCGCUCAGAGAUAGUUCGUCUCGAUCAGCGCACCGGGUCCGGCAAAUCGACCGAAUCAGACGCUCUUGCGGACUCGGCGAAGACAAAGGGGACAAAGUCUAAGAAGCAGGGCACACUCUUUCGCUCGAAGUCGAUCAAAGGAGACGAGAAUGCCAGUUCCCGUGGCAAGCUCAACAAAGCCCCUCCAGCUCAGCUUUCACCGGACGUAGGAGCAACCUGGACUACUACGAACGGAGAUGGCACACCGCUUAAGACCGCACCUAUGGACAAGGGGAAAACAUGGAGUAACAAGUCGUCAUUUGGAAAGCUCAGAACCCACUCGGCCGAUCGUCACGAUGCAAGCCAGUUGGUGCAUCGCGAGAGCGACAAUGGCCCGGCUGGUCCAAGAAGGGACAAGAGCGAGCAGGGCUCGUUACAGUCCAGCUCCUACAACGACAACAAGGGUGCUUCACUCAUGUCCAGUCUUGGAUCUGGCGCUCGCAAGAUGGGAGACAAAAUGGACUCUGCUCGCAAAGGCAUUUUUGGCAAGCUGGGUCGCAGUCACAGCAACCAUGAAAGCCCUACACACGUAUCGAACGAGCCCUACGUAUACAAGGUCAUUCACACACCUCUUGUUGAACAAACAAGAUUGACCAGGAUAUCGUCGAGGUUAGAGCAGUCUCGAGACAAGACGGAGUUUUGGAUGCCAGCGCUGCCUUGGCGCUGCAUUGAUUAUCUGAACAUGCGAGGCUGCGAGGAGGAAGGCUUGUACCGUGUCCCUGGUUCUGCUCAGCAGGUCAGAUACUACGAGCGGAAGUUCGACCAAGACCGCGAUAUCGACCUCAUCUCUGACGACAAUUUGAACGACCCUAACGUCAUCGGAUCGCUCUUCAAGAAUUGGCUGCGUCAACUACCGGACGAGAUCUUUCCCAAGGCGAUCCAACACCGUAUUCAGCAAGAGUGUCAGGGCGCCAAAACCACGCCUCAGAUGCUGAAAGACGAGCUUUCCAAGCUGCCUCCCUUCAACUACUACCUGCUCUUCGCCAUCACCUGCCACAUCAGUCUUUUACAUUCUUGCUCGGAGUUCAACAAAAUGAACUACAACAACCUGUGUAUUUGCUUCCAGCCAGCCAUCAAGAUCGAUGCUUUCUGCUUCCAAUUUCUCAUCCUCGAUUGGCGUAACUGCUGGCAGGGUUGCUGGACGGAGAAAGAAUACUUGGCCGAAGAGCUCAACUACCUGAGUGCUUUGGAGAACGAGGGCUCAGAGCGACCGCAGCCGACACCCAGCCGCAAUGGCCAGUCACAACCAUCUGGCAGGAGCAAGAGCUCACAUGCUUCGCCUAACAUUGCUCAAUCACGAAAGUCUACUUCGACGAGAAGCAAUUCGGGCGAUCAGAGCAAGUCAUCCGUUCGCGCUCUAUCGGCAGACAGGAACGGACGCGCCACGCCGCCCAACCUUCCUCCCAGGGACGCAGACAUGCCACCGCAAUCAGCGCCACGCCUGCGCGGUGAGCACCAUGAAUACGACUCUUUGGCAGAAAGAGCCAUAUCGACAUCAGAUGGACUCAACAUUCGAGGCGCCCCUACACGUCCGCCGCCUUCCGUUAGUACACAAAAUUCUGUCGACGGAGACAAUGGCGCAACACCAACACAAGCAAUGCAUAGCCGUGGACCUUCGGAUACACAAUUUCGUUUGGACCUGAGCAACCCGCCCAGCUCACCUUUUAAUAUCAAGUUUUAAUGGAUGGACGGACACAUGGCGGACGUUGCACGCGCAUGAGACGACGACAAAAGGGUGGUUGGAUCUGGUCUUCAAGUUUCGCAUUUUCUGUUGGUUUGUGAGCUGCCACGAGGUUCGCGAUACCCAUGCACCAAUCUUCUU